ACGUCAGUGGCCACCCUGAAUAUGUCAGAGUUGUUUAUAAAUUUGUAAUUUUAUUGAACACGAUGAAAUAUUUUAAAUAUGUGAAACAAUAACUAUUUGAAUAUUACUGAAAACUGAUUGCAAGAAUGACGCUCUCGAAAAAUGCUGAAAAGAAGAUAAUUAAAAAAAUCAAACGGUGUCAACAGAUAAUUUUUCGUGAAACGGGCCUUGAGUUCAGCGGUCCACCGACUGAGAACGUUAUUGUCUGUAAUGCAGGCAUUGCUACAGGUUUACGACAGGAAGUCCUCGUUGAUGCAGUACUACGCUACGGAGUUUCACUGAAGGAUGUCGAGCUUCCAGCUGGAAAAUCCUACUGUUAUUUAAGGUUCUACUCAUCACAAAUGGCUCAAGCGGCAUUAACAGCUAUGAAUGGAAAAGCUCCACUGGGACAAGAUGAUUGUGUUCUUUUAAUGGCAUAUUGCUUGAAACCGCCGACCACAAAAUCUCGUGAUGCGCAACUGUGCACAAGAGGGUUACCACCUGGACUAAUACUUUUGCCGGAUUUUAUUGAUGAAAAACUGGAACUGGAGUUGAUUCAGAUAAUUGAUUCGAAUGAUGAGAAGGAACUGGAGGGCAAUCUGAAGCAUCGACGUGUUAAACACUUUGGGUAUGAGUUUUUGUAUGGGAGUAACAAUGUGGACAAAAGCAAACCUUUGGAGCAAUCAAUUCCUUUGGUUUGUAAUCAACUUUGGGACAAAUUGCAAAAAAGCCAUCCAGAGCUUGGAUGGCAUGUUCCAGAUCAGCUGACAGUUAACCGAUAUGAACCAGGUCAAGGAAUCCCGCCUCACGUUGAUACCCACAGUGCUUUCCAGGAUCCGAUUAUAUCUCUUUCGCUAGGGGCUGACAUCUCUAUGGACUUUCGUGAUACAAAAGGAAACCAUUUGACCGUUGAUUUACCUCCCAGAUCACUACUGAUUAUGUCCGGUGAAAGCCGGUAUGGUUGGACUCACGGUAUAACCCCUAGGAAGAUGGAUGUCGUUCAAAUGAACAAUAGUUUAACAGUCAGGAAACGGGGGUUGCGUACGUCUUUUACCUUCCGGAAAUUGCGAGAUGAACCGUGCCAGUGUCAGUUUCACUCUUUAUGCGACUCUUACAAAAAACGAUGUGAGAUUCGAUCUAAGCACUUGCGGGAGAAUGCUGCCAAGUUAGAGCUGGAAAAUGUUCACAAAGUGUACAACGAAAUCGCUAAACAUUUCAGCGAAACUAGACACUCACCAUGGCCAAGGGUUGAGACAUUUCUUCGUUCCCUACCUACAGGUUCUGUUCUAAUUGAUAUUGGUUGUGGCAACGGAAAGUAUCUCGCUUUGAAUCCACAAAGUGCCGCCCUCGGUUGCGACCGCAGCGAUGAACUGCUUAAAGUAUGCACCGGCCGAGGUCUUAAUGUAUUGCAGUGUGAUUGUCUCGCACUUCCAUUUCGUUCUGCUUCUGCGGAUGCUUGCAUCUGUAUUGCCGUUAUUCACCAUCUAGCCACAGAGGAACGCCGCAGGCAAGCCAUCUCCGAAAUGGCUCGAGUGCUUCGACCCGGUGGACGUGCUUUGGUUUAUGUGUGGGCCAAAAAUCAGGAAGCGAACGCAAAAAAGUCUAGCUAUCUACGACAGAAUAAGCAUAACAAUAAACCGUCCGGAUCGGAGGGUGAUUCGCCGCAAGAAACGAUACCGGCUGUGAAUUAUUUACUCGAUUCGAUGCUUCCAAUUCACACUAACAGAACACAGUUUCAACAUCAGGAUCUGCUGGUUCCAUGGAAGCUGCGAAACGAGGAGCAAGAAAAGAAGGCGACUUUCCUGCGAUAUUAUCACGUAUUCGAGAAACAUGAGCUAGACGACCUGUGCCGGGCAGUGGAAGGAAUAAGUAUCGAGGAGAGCUAUUACGAUCAAGGCAAUUGGUGUGUUGUGUUUAGAACGAAAGAGUGAACGACUACCCAUCCGUUCAAA